AUGGCGCCUCAAGUUGCCGCCAUGUUGAAGAGAGAUGAUGACUACGACGACUACAACGAUAGCUGGUAUUGGUCGGAUACUGGCUACACUGUCCGCUAUGUGAUAGUGUUCGUGAUCCUCACCGCCCUCCUACUCUUCUUCCUCGGAGGCUAUCUGCACGCGCGCAAGCGGAUGAAGAAGGGCCUCCAACCCCUAUCCUACCACCGAUGGAUGGUCAAGAGCCGGUAUCGACAGCCGCAAUACUAUCAGAAUGCGCCGCCACCACAAGGCUACCCCAUGUACGCAUACCCUCCUGCACAGCAGGAAGUGCCACCAGCCUACUACCAACACGCGCCACCUCCCCCGGCAUAUUCUCCACCCGAAGGAGCAAGCAAGGCCAUGGCGGAUCAAAAUUGGAAUGGACAGUUUGGACAGGCAGGAGAAGCAAGUCAGUCGGUCGCACCGCCGUCCGCAGCUGCAGCACCCCGACCCUAG